AUGUAUCGAACCUAUGGUUCAAGGGCAGCUACUGGUUCGGUUACGGCCUCAUUAUUUGACUACACGUUCCCCAGACUAAAUCCUUGGCGGAAAUAUCGAACCUAUGGUUCAAGGGCAGCUACUGGUUCGGUUACGGCCUCAUUAUUUGGCUACACGUUCCCCAGACUAAAUCCUUGGCGGAAAGUAGGGCCUUGUCCUUACCAGAAUGAGUGUUACAAUUCUACCUCUAUUAGUGGCGACUGCUUGGUACAAGACAGGGCUACCCCCCUUAAAGCAAAGGAGGAACAACAUCUUUUACCCGGUCUGCGACCUGGUUUUAUCAGAGUCAAAGCGGAACCGCAUUGCGUCUUCUAUGAAGCUCAUUGA